AUGAGUGAAUUGCGCCAGCGCAGCACUGACGCCGGGGAGCACGACGCUCCGACUCGUCGAGUGCGCAAAGUACCCCGCAAGCCCGACGAGGACGUUUCAUAUGCCGCUUUGGCCCGUGGAGACCCCAACCGCGCUGAACGCGAUGUCGAUUCUGAUGACGAACUUGGUAAUAGCAACAUGCGUAGACGACCGGGGAAGGGGAAGUCCGUGCAGAAGCAGGCAUCCAGCAAAAAGUCCGCAAAGACAGCACAACCGGCAGAAUCCAAUUCAACUGGUGCCAUGGCUUCGUCUCGGAAUCCAGGAACAAAGCGGACCAACACUGGGGUGUCUGGUAAAGGGAAAUCAGCGCAAAGUGCGACAAACUCUUCUCAACAUGAAGGCGAUGCAGGCGAUGCAGACGUAGAGAGCACGUCCCGUGAUGGGACACGGGCACAGGAGCACGACGAGCCCACGCCAGCCGCCAGAGAAGAGAGUGUAGUCGCGCAUACUGCUAAGGUAGUCGACAGGCACGGUCGGUUCGUCAUGACGUUCCUGACCCAGGAACACCGGCUAUUGCUGUGGAGCAGCGCCGUGAUCGUGACGAGCGGGAUGUGCGCAGAAACCGAGAUGGUCGUGCUGAACAGGAGUGGCAUGAUGAGCAGGACACUCGCACUAGUAGGCAGGACAGAGAUGAGGAGAACGGGCGCGGUGAGCGCGACGGGCGUGGUCAGUGGGAUGGACGAAGAACAAGUCAACAGGGCAGUGGCGAUGAAAGCGAAGAACACGGUCAGCGGGACGGUCGCGGUCGCGGUCGGUGGGACGGUCGCGGUCACAGUCAGCAGGAUAGGCGCGAUCAUGGCCACGACUCGCGUGGUCAGCGAGACAUCCGUGAUGGACGCGGCUCGUACGGUCAGCGGGACGAACACGAUGAACGCAAUCAGCGGGACGAACGCGAUCAGCGGGACGAACGGCGAACAACAUGCACGCGCUGGAUGGGCCGGGCGUGAUGAACGGGAUCGACGUGACCAUGAGCGUGAUGCGUCGGACAGUGCACGAGAGGAGGAGGAUGACGAGCGUGAGGGCACUCUGGCUACAAAGACACAACCUCGCCGCAGGCUCGUUCCCUAUGUCGAUGUUCCUCAGCCCUCAUAUCGUGCUGCCCUGUCCGGACAGAGAGUAGUACUAGGGACGCUGGCAAGUCCUGACCCUGCGGAUGAAACAAACCCGAAGACAUCCUCGGUUGCAGGGACGCGCACGAUUGCACCGACCUCGCUCAAUGACCCUGACCACGACCGCAGCCACAGCUCCGACGACACUGCCCUUAUUCCAACCAGGAUUGCUCGACGGUCAAAUUCCUCGAGAAUCACUCGCGACAGCACGUACAGCUCCGAUGACGCCCCACGUACUAUUCGAACCCAAACUGGGACUGCUCUACAUUCCAGUUCCUCGAGAGUCGGUCAGGACCGGGUCGCCAGUCGGGAGUAUGACGGGGACCACUUUGACGGCGACGAACUGUUUGGUCCUAGUGACAACGUUGGUGGGCACGAUGGAGAGGACGAACCGGGUGAUGAAGAAGAAGACAGAGGGAAUGGUGCUGAAGCUGAGGAAAGGGAUAUCCCGAGUGAGUCGGAUGGCUCUGGAAGUGACUAUUCCGCGACUAUCAGGGAGAGGAAGAAACGCGAGGCGAGAGCCAUUCGUCAGACCGUUGACACGUCGGAGGAGGACGAGGAGCUCGACGCUGAGAUGCAAAACGAUCUCGUCGCUGACGAGAUGAUCCAUCCGCAGCCUGAGCGACGUCGCAUCCAGCCCGCAGGAGCACCGGUUCCAGUGCUGUCAGCGCGAGACAAAGGAAAGGGUCGCGCCGAUGCCUAUCAACCGAGUAACGCAGACUCUCCACCGCUCGAAGACUGGGCCGAGCAGCCGCCGCCACCGCAGAACAAGCCUGGUCCGCUGUCUGAUUCUGCGAAGGCGGAGAUCAGUGAUUUUGGCACACGUAUUAUCGAGGAAGCCGAGGAGCUCGCACGAAAGUAUGGCAAACCGCGACGUGAGAUUCUAGUAGCAGCAGGGUUAGGAGUCAAGGGUUCUCGUGGGCCCAACUCCGCAAACAUGUACAGGAAGUGGUACAAAGCACACCAUCCCAAACCCGAAGGCAUGUCCGCUGAGGAGUACCGUCAAAAGUCGAAUCGCGCAUACAAAGAGUUGUUUGCGGACAUUGAGUCCUCGGACGAAAUCAGCCACGCUCUUGUGAUGAAGCCCAUAGUGGCAUGGUGCGAGGAGAACGAGAAGGAGAAGCUUGCAGAGCCCCGUUCGACACGGUCCAUUACCUCGCGUAUGAAGGCCUGGCGCGACCAGCUUACUGCCAUUGCUGCUUCGUAUUGCAAUCUUGAGGACGUGGAAGUCGUCGGCGCGAUUGUUUACACUGGCUCCGAUCCCGCGGCUAUCCAAAUGUCGGCCCUAUUUGGGAGCUCGGACAAUGUUCGUCAGCUCAUCCAGGACAACAACAUCAACGUGCGCAAGAUACUCGACAUGCUCACAACGGCAUUCAAACGCGGUGAGCUCACGAGUGAUGGCUGGAGCUUGAAUAUCGGCUCGGAGGAUGCCAACGGUGUUCGGACAAAGCCGAGGGUGGGGCAAGGUCCCCGGGAUUUCUAUCGCCAGAUGAUAGGGCAAGUCUUGAUGUUUCAGCUCCAGGAGCUUGAUGAAACGGCCACGAAGAUGCCGUGGGAGAAUUGGUGUAACUUCGCAUAUAAGAAGCAAAUACGGAUCGACAACUGGGCCGAAGGAGUUCCGCCUCCUGGUCCUGGUUUUGACGUGAAGCGCCUGAGCCAGGAAGAGCUCCGCCAGCUUUGCGAGCCCUACGUUAACCGCAAGAACGGAACAGCCACUCGGUAUCCAACAGUUGUGGAAUGGCCGUCACAGGACAAGGAUUUAUUGAAGACCGGUGAUCCAGAGCAAGUGGCGCUGAUCCCGCUUGUCCGCGACACUUCGGGCUGGAACUUGCGAACCCUACGCGACUCCUCGGAGUACACCAAAGCUUCCCGCCCAGGCAAAUCAAAGUCUUCGCAGCGCCGAGUCCCUGGCAGUGGUCGCGAAAGUGCGAACCCUGUAGCACCGCUCAUUCAAGCCUCAUCACGGCUGUCUGGCAGGCCCAAGCCUCGGCGACGGGGCCGAUCUCCCGAGGUCAUCGACGUCGAUGCCGAUGAGGAGAGCCCUGAUGUUAUGGAGCACACACCUCCGUUGUCACCUCGCGCGUCGCCACCGAAACGUCGCCGGCCACAUACAUCGCCACAAGGGCGUUCUCCCAGCCGCUCCGGACAUAGCGUUCAGACGGACACUCGUAUUCCAGGCGCCCACCGCAAUGAAGAUCGCUUGCCUCCGAAGUCUCUUACCAAGGGUGCGGCGCUGCAAGGACAUGGUGAUGACAGUGACGAAAACAUGUCACCACGCGAGGCAACGAGGAUUACUACCCCCGUCGCACUGCAGAGCCAAGACGUCACUAUCUAUCCCCCAUACCGGAUGCUACUGAAGAAGACAUCGGGGAUCCUGGACGGAAUGCAGAAGUGA